UAAACCCUAAGUACCCCUUUGAGCCCCCCAUAGCGCCUAAUUUCCCCCCAGACCCCCAGCUGCCCCACAAUGGGGGGCAGUGCCGAGAGACCCCAACAGAGCCAGGGGGCAAAGGGUCCCGGAUUUGUCAGAUUUCAGCCAAAUCCCAUCCCUGGGUGUCGCUGGGCCGUGGUGGCAAUUCAGGAUGACAGAGUCCCAGCACCAUGGAGGACCUGCUGGAUGUGGAGAACAAGCGGAUGGCCGACAGCCUGGCCAGCAAGGUUACCAGGCUGAAGUCGCUGGCUCUGGAUAUUGACAAGGAUGCUGAGGAACAGAACCGCUACCUGGAUGGCAUGGACUCGGAUUUCCUGAGCGUGACGGGGCUGCUGACGGGCAGCGUGAAGCGCUUCUCCGGCAUGGCGCGCUCCGGCCGGGACAACCGCCGGCUGCUCCUCGCCGUGUCCGCGGCUCUCAUCCUCAUCUUCUUCAUCCUCUACUACCUGGUGUCCCGGGCAGGGACCUGAGCCCAGCCUGGGAGGUGUCACAGGGCCCCGGGGCACAGGCCAGACCCCUCCAUCCACAGACCUGUCCACACGUUUUCCAGAGGAGCCUCCGGCCACAGCUCCGCCUUCCCAGUGACUUCUCCUCCUUCCAGCUCCUCGUUGUUGCUGGGCCCAGACAGCUCUUCCAAAGCAUGUUUGGCUCCAAAGGGAUCUUCAUGUGGAACGUGAUUCUGGGGUCAUGGCUCAGGCUGUGACCUCCUGCCUUGUCCACAUCCCGUGGGCUGUUUCUAAGGGCCACUUCCACAUCACCUCCCUCUCUGAAAACCAGGAACUAACAAAUCCAGGGACUUGUGGAUACUCUGUAACCCAGCUGAGCUGUAGGAUUUAGGAUGCUGAUUUAUGGGAUUUGAGAGUACCAAUGUGUGACCUACAUUCCACGUGGCUGCUCUCCAUUACCCUGGGACUCGCAGAUUGGAUCCCUGGGCUGAUGGAAUUAGCAAUGGAUCUGGGCCUGGAUACUCUCAGAUUGUGGCAAAGAAGGGAUGCAGGGGAGCAGGACUUUCAUUAAACCCUGGCUUAGUUGUCUUUAUCAUCCUUGUGGGCAAACCAGGCUGGACCCUGUGAGAAGGGAGAGCCACAGUCCAUAACCACAUGGAUUUCUACGUGUGUGGAAUCUUCCAGAACCUUCCCACACAUGUGCAAAUUAAGUUACUAAAUUAGGGUAAAGAAAUCUGGUGGCAGAAGGUUCAGUGAAUUGUGAUUACUGUGGCACCCUGGUUUUAGAGCACUUUGGGGAAAUGCUGUGCCAAUAAAGCAGAGGUUGAGAUGAGGUGGAAUUCCCCCUGCAAUGCUGUUGGAAUGGGGGGAAAUCAAGGAGGGAUUUGCUGAUUUAUGAAUCUAGAAGGUACAAAAGAAUCCCCUGCCUUGCCUUGGGGGGUGUCUUUGCUUUUUUGCUUCUCUCUAACAGCCAGGGCUCAGCCAUUCCUCCUCCUCUGAUUCAGACUCCAGCAAACCCUCUUCGGGGAUGGCUGGGUGUUCCUUGCCUUCUCCCUGUUCUCACUGGGAAUUCCUUUGCUUUUGGGCUAACUCGGGUCCACAGCUAUGAAGGGAAUGUUGUCCCACGUACCAAACUGCUCACAAAACACACCCUGGCUGGAUUAGGUGUGUUCUUUUUCACAUAUAGGAAAAAAAAAAAUGUGCAGGGAUGGCAAAGAGAAAGGAGGCAGCAGGAACUUCCUCUGGCUCUUCCUGCUUUCCUGCAACGUGGCAGCUCUGGCCUCUUUCCCUUGGGAAGAAUCAAUGGCCUGUGAUUCUUGGGGCAGGUGACUCACGACAAAAGGCCCCUGGAGAAGCCGGGCCCUCACCCUAGCCGCGUUUAUUUUGCCUUUCCUGCUGUAAAUAAAGCUGAUUUUAGACCUUUUA